UGUCAAUCUAGUAAAUGUAAAAUUGAAUGUUUAUUCGAUGCAAUAGAUUUUCACUAAUUUCUGUUUUUUUAUAUUUUCACAUACUUAUAAAAAUGAUAUUUUUUGGAUUAUAAUAGGUAUAAAAACAUGGAAGUUAUACAUAGAUCUCUACGUCAACAAACUCUGCGUAGUAGUAUUGAGGACCUUCCAGAUGAAGUAUUGGAAUUUAUAUUGGGUUUUUUGCCUCCUUACAAAGAUCUGCAAAAUUGUAUGACUGUUUGUAAGAGAUGGUAUAAUUGUGCUCACAAUGUUUUACGAAAGACAUCCAUGAAACUAAUCAAAGCAGUCGGAGAAUUCAAUAUAUUAUGGACAAACAUUGCACCAAUUGAUAUGGGACCUACAAUAACAAAAAGAUUUUCACAUUCAGCAUGCAUACUUGAAAACAAUAUGUACAUAUUUGGAGGAUGCACUACUAAUGCUACAUCAUUUAAUGAUCUAUGGCGCUUUGAUCUGUCUAUGCGACAAUGGGUAAGGCCAUUGGCGACAGGCACAUAUCCUGUACCAAAAGCAUAUACUUCUAUGGUACAUUAUAAAGACUGUCUGAUAGUGUUUGGAGGAUGGACUUACCCUUCACUAUCACAGUAUUAUCAAAAUGUAACUAUGUUUAAUGAAAUACACUUUUAUUGUGUUAAUACUAAUAGAUGGAUACUGAUUAAUUCCAUAAAUAGUCCACCUCCAAUGGCCGGACAUUCAGCGUGCAUGAAAGGAGAUGAGAUGAUAGUAUUUGGUGGAUUAGUAAUGACAGUAGCCCAAAACUAUCAAAUACAAUGUUCGAAUGAUGUUUGGGUACUUGACAUACCCACUCUUACUUGGAGAAAGCAGCCAACAACUAAACCCAGACCAUCACCAAGGUAUGCACAAUCAUUAAUACGAUUAGAUUCUGAAAGAUUAAUGUUAUUGGGAGGUGUGCAGACUUUACACAACCGGUUCGUUUAUAGUGACUGUUGGAUUUUAACAAUGAAAGGACCUACAUGGACUUGGAAGGAACUGGCGGUGAAAAAUAAAGAAUGGGCCGCUGCUAAUAUAUGGUGUAACCCGGCAUGUAGGGUUGGUGAUAAAGUUGUUAGCUUGAGUAGAAGUAGAAAUGGAUGGAAUUGUGCCAAACCAUUAGUCACUUCAGCAGUUCGUUUAUCAGCUUUAAGUAGACCAGAAGGUGCUCCUGUAUCUGUUAGAGUGGAACAAAGCUUACAAAGGCCAUUAGAUAGAGAUCAAAAUAUAAAUGGAAGAAGAGGUGUUUUACCUAGACAAGCUUUAGCACGGCAGGUACAGGAAAAUAAUUCUAAUGAACCGGUUGCAGGUCCAAGUAAUGAGCAAUCUAGAAAUCAAAAUUUAGCCACAUCUGAUGAAAAUGCUAGCUGUGAAGCCAACAAUGUUCCUGGACCUAGCUCUGAAAAUAAACAAAUAGGUAAUGUUGCUGAUUUGACAAAGAGAGAUACACCUUUGAGAAGAAAUAAAAAUAAGAAUAAAGGUAUGAAAAUUGUGCGACAAUUGCAAGAAGCCAAUAAAUACCGGAUGGCAGCAUUUGCUUGCGACUCAUCUCUGAAUAAUACAUCGCCUGAAAAUGAUCUCAUUAAUCAAAGACAAAUUGCUCAUUUAGAAAAUAGGAGGGAGCCCCUGCCCCCUCCACCAAAUCCUCAACAAAGGCAACCAGCAGUAAAGAAAAUUAAAAGAAAUACAUUAACUAUGCAUGUUUUGGAUAUUUCAAGUGUUAUAGAUGGAAACUCUCUAAAUUAUGUGUCUUGGUUAUGUCCUCGUUUAGGAGAAAUGAAUGGUGCUCCAGAAGAACUAGUUAUGUAUUCCUUAGUAAAAGGAAAUGGGGAAUUGAUUAUGUUUGGAGGUGUUCAUAAUGAUAUUAGUGUAUUAAAUUAUAAUGAACAUCAAAAUAUGUACUCCAAUUCACUUCACUUCAUUACACCUCCGCGAGAUGUAAUAUAAUGGAAAUUCUGACUUAUAAUCUCAAUAACUAAUCAAAUGCAUCUAACACUGUUUAUGGUGUGUAUUACUAAAUGUGAUUUAUGUAAAUAUAUGCUUAAUCCACCAUAAAAAUAUUAAACAGAUAGGGGACUUUUCAAAUCUAUUAGCUAUCUUCACGUCAGAACCCUACAGGGUAGUCGAAA